AUGGGUCUCAGAGUCAUCGUUCCACUCUACGUAUACCCUAGCCCUGGGGCCUGGUCUCCGCUGGAAGAUGUGAUUUCAGCCCACCCAAAUGUCAAUUUUAUCAUCGUAAUCAAUCCUGGUAACGGCCCAGGGCCAAACGACUUACCCGAUGCCAAUUACACAAGUGCAAUCCCGAGGCUUUCUUCUCACGCCAAUGUACGACUUCUAGGCUAUGUGCAUACCUCAUACACAACCCGCAAUGCCGCUGCAGUCUAUAGGGAUAUAAAAACCUAUGCUGAGUGGCCGACUCAUUCUGGCAAUCCCGAUUUGGCCGUUCGGGGUAUAUUCUUCGAUGAGACACCACAGCAAUACAGUGUCCACUCUUUCGCUUACUUGCAAAAUUUGACCCAACUGACCAAGGGCCUAAACGGGCUUGGCUCCAAUCCCUAUGUCGUCCAUAAUCCAGGGGCCGUUCCGGACUCCCGAUACAUGUCUACUGCAGACUCGACUGUCGUGUUCGAGGAGACUUAUAGCACCUUCCAGGAGCGGCAUGGGGCGGGCCUGCUUAUGCCAAUCCGGGACAACGAUCGUACCCAACGCGCUGUUUUAAUCCACUCCGUGCCGGAAGGCGUAGAGGGGUCGGAACUUCGCCAUCUGGUUCAGAAGGUCCGCAAGGUUGCCGAUGAGGUUUUCAUCACCCACCUUAGCACCGAUUACUAUGCUAGCUUUGGGUCGAAGUGGGCCGAGUUUGUCGAUCUGAUGUCGGCCGAUUUUGUAUGA